UGUGAAUAAAAUUCAUUCACUUAAGAAAAUCAGCAUUCUUGAUAGCAACAUUUCUAUGCAAAGUUCACGGGGCAAAUAUUUGUAUAAAAAUAAACUUUUUAGGAUACACAACAUAAAAUGUAAUUCGCGUAAAACUUUAAACUCAAGAUAGCAUUUUGUAGCAUUUAAACACCUACGAUGGUGUGCAAUUACCAAGGGAAGAAAAUGAGAUUAACAUCUGCGAGUUGUCAUAAACAAUGUACAAUUCAAAAUGGCGGUCAACCUAACAACAACAGCAACUGCAAAUACACCAACACAAACAACAACAGCAAAUAACAUAGCAACUAGAAGAGUUCUUCUUUCUUCUUGGUUUCCACUUACGUUCUUUGGUUUAUUUAUUACUGUAUGGAAUGGACUUCUCAUAAUUGCGUUCAUUAUCAACAAAAAAAUCCGCGGAAAGUCAUCGAACAUUUUAAUAUUCAAUUUCGCACUGACUGAUUUUUUUGUCGGAGUUAUUUACAUCCCUAUUCUUUGCGUAUCCAAAUAUAACGCCGAUGAAGAAAUGACUGUGUUUUUAUUCAUCUUUGCUUUGUACGUGACAGAAUUUUGUUUGGUUUUAACGGCAGCCGAAAGGUAUUUUUCUUUGAAUUAUAUUCUUCAAGAUCAUCAUUUGAGUGCGAACCGUUUGUAUCGUUUUAUUUUCGCCUCAUGGAUUGCAGGAUUUAUUCUUACCAUGAUACCUGCUGCAUCAUAUUACUCAGAAGAUGUGGAAAAACGGAAAACCAUAUUAGAAAAUCAUGGUAUCUUUCUCUUCUUGGUAUUCAUCAUUCUUGUACCCGUAAUAUUUGUCCUCCAUGCUAUCACCAUAGUAAAAGCGAAGAAAUUAUUCACCGCGAAACGUUCAUCAUUAAAAAACGUUGCAGAUGCAAAAGUAGCUAUUCAAACACAGACUGAAUUGAACACCAUCAAAGAAGAAAAUAAAAUCAUUUUAAUUUUUCAAACCUACACACUUCUCUUCUUUUUGUGUUUCUUACUUCAAAUGGUGGUGUACUUAUCUGAUUUCAUCGGUGACGUAAGUUCGAUGGUAACCGAAACGGCGAUGUAUUGGUACCUAUCAAAGAGUAUAAUUUUCCCGGUUGUCGCACUGUGGGAGAAAGAAUACCGGCAGACGGUUUACACGUUUUUAGGAGGUCGAUAAACUGAAUACGCUAAAAUUACUUUCAAAACCUCGUUCCCAGGACCUUUUUAUCUUGGUUGAUUUUGCAAAAGGGCAUCGUCUUAGAUAUCAAAAAGGGGAAAAAUACUCUAGGGACUAUACUGCAGUUUACUGGGAUAACUUUUUAUCAACCAACACCGAACUUAAAGACUUACAGAAAAAAGCCAAUAUUUAAAACAAGACUCUGGUAAACGACUAUUCAAUCCAGCUUGUUUUCGUUUUUUGUUUCUAAAAAAUAAUUUGUAGACUGGUAUAUAAUUUGUUAUGAAGUUUUUUUAACUUGUAAGAUUUUUAACGUGUAUAUACAGUUUGUAGAAUGUUAUCUUUACGCAAAAAGAAAAUUCAGUUUUGAAUAUUGCUAAUAUUUAGAGUGAUGACUCAUGUCCUUU